AUGCCAAAGAUCCUGUUGCUUGGCGCAACUGGCUAUAUCGGUGGCAGCGUUCUCCAUCACUUGCUUUGCCAUCCUUCCCUGACGUCAGUCAUCACCAGUACCAAUCCGAUCACAACUCCUAUCCGCGGCAGCCCGAACCGAGUCGCAAAGCUCUCAGAAAACUAUGGAUCGCGUGUAAAUCCACUCCUUAUUUCCAGUCUUGACGAUGUGGACGGGAUCACCGAGAUCGCCUCCAAGCACGACAUUGUCAUCAACGCUGGGUCAGGCUUCCACCCGCCUUCCGCCGAGGGAGUUGUUCUUGGUCUCGCGAAGCGGAAAGCUGAGACCGCUGCACCGGUUUGGGUCAUUCACACUUCAGGCUGCUCCAACAUCUCCGAUAAUCCCGUCACGGGCGUGGGACGUCCGGACGUGGAAUACGAUGACGCCAAUUCCGACGAAGUCUUCGCGUUCGAAGAGGCGGAGAACAAGACUGAAUGGUACGCUCAGCGCGCUUCGGAACUCAUCGUCCUUCGCACAGGAGAUGACCUAAACGUAAAUGCAGUGAGCAUUCAAGCGCCCAUCAUCUUCGGCACCGGCACAGGGCUAUUUCAACAGGCUGGCUUGAUGAUUCCCCUGACGAUGGCCUUUGUGCUCGAACAAGGUUACGCCUUCAGCUGUGGUGACGGCACAGGAGUGUUUGACUGGGUGCAUAUUGCGGAUUUGGCAGAUCUUUACGUGCUUUGCGUGCUCAAUAUCAUCCAGACUGGAGGAGAGCAUAUCCCCACCGGCAAGAGGGGCAUCAUCUUCCCAGCCGUUGGAAGAGCUCUCGCAAGAGAUGUGGCGAAGAAGUGUCUCGAUCUUGCGUUCGAGAAGGGAAAUCUCCCCAAGGAGGGCACGCCGCAGACAAAAGAGAUCCGCCAGCUUAGUCUUGAGGAUGCAGCAGCGAAAUUGGCUGCAGGUAACGUUGCCGUAACGGAAAUGACGUAUGCCGGGUACCGAAAGAUGAAGGGAACUAUUGCAAGACGGAACUUGGGGUGGAAACCAAUCCAUCUGGACGACGCGUGGGAGAUAGAUUUUGAUACGGAGCUUCGAGCUGCUUUGAAUGGGCAGAGGACGUCUACUGUCGCAUCAUGUCUCGCCGUAGCAAAGUAA